AUGUUCCGACAAAGUUUUGGUACGAAGAAAUACGAGAGAGACGCUGCUGAAGCGCACCAAGAAAUCACUGGGCCGACUGUGGAGCGAGAUCUAUCCCUAUUAGCCAAUGAAACUCGAGAUGUACUUGAGACGAUGAUGAAGAAUGUGUACAGUUUGAGCAAAGUUUUAGCCGGAUUAGGGCUCGUGCAUCUCGGUUUAGGGGCUUGGAUUUCUUACACCAUGAACAAUUCCCCAGUUGCAGAAGUUUCGAUUCAGAGCUUGCUUGCUUUCGGGCUGCCGUUUUCGUUGGCUUUCAUGCUGAGGCGAGCGUUGAUGCCGAUGUACUUUUUCAAGAAAAUGGAGGAACAAGGGAGGCUGCAGAUUUUGACACUCACACUUCAGGUUGCAAAGAAUUUGAAUACGUUCUUCGUGCGAAUUCGCGGGGUUUCGUAUUUAUGCAUUGCCGGUGCGUCCCUCGGUUUGGUAUUCGUCGCAGUAUUUAGAUGAUUUUUUACUUCGAAUUUUGCACUAAGAAUAUAAGAUGUGUACUUCUUGUUUUGAGGUUUUCUUGGGAAGUUUUGUUUUGGUCAUUUAUUAUAUAGAUUUCGAUUAAUGUGGGGAGUAGUUUAUGUUGAAUGAAUGUUUCGGGUUUACGAUUACGUAAUGUGUUCUUGAAAGAUAUAUAUGGAGCAUUGCUCUCUGAGAUUACUGCA